CUAUAAAACCCUUUCAUCUCUUAUUCUCAAUGCUCAACAAACUCAUUCUUCCAAUGUCUGCCCAACUCUCCCUUGAACCCUGGACCACCCUUGCCGGAAAGGUCGUUAUGGUCACCGGCGCUUCCUCCGGCCUCGGCCGCGACUUUACUCUCGACCUUGCCCGCGCCGGCUGCCGCGUCGUCUUGGCGGCUCGCCGCGUCGACCGCCUCCAGUCCCUCUGCGACGAAAUCAACCGGAUGCCGUCGUCGUCGGAUCUCGCAGAAGGUGACCGGAGCCUCCGCGCUGUCUCCGUGGAACUAGACGUUGCCGCCGAUGGUGCUGUCAUCGAUAGACAGGUGCAGAAGGCGUGGGACGCGUUCGGCCACCUCGAUGCGCUGAUCAACAACGCUGGUGUCAGAGGAACUGUGAAGCCAGCAUUGGAAUUGUCUGAGGAGGAAUGGAAGCAAACAUUGAGAACGAACCUCACUGGGACGUGGUUGGUGUCAAAAUGCGUCUGUAAACGCAUGCGUGACGCUCAGAGGAAAGGAUCAAUCAUCAACAUUGCUUCAGUUUCUGGUUUGAAUCGCGGUCAAGUGCCUGGGGGAUCUGCAUAUUCAUCUUCUAAAGCAGGUGUCAAUAUGCUGACAAAGGUGAUGGCACUGGAACUGGGGGCAGACAAAAUCAGAGUGAAUUCCAUAUCACCUGGAAUUUUCAGAUCCGAAAUCACUGAAAAAUUAAUGGCAAAAGAUUGGUUGAAUAAAGUGGCCAUGAAAACGAUACCCUUGAGAAGUUUUGGUACCUCUGAUCCAGCAUUAACAUCCUUGGCUCGUUAUUUAAUUCAUGAUUCCUCUGAAUACGUAUCUGGCAACAAUUUUCUCGUGGAUGCUGGAGCCAGCUUAGCUGGCCUGCCUAUUUUUUCCUCCCUGUAAACCAACCAUAAUAAACUUAUAUUUUAAAUUUAUUAAAAAAUAUUUUUUAACUAUUAAAUUUUCAUAAUUUCUAAAUGAUUUUUUGUUUUUUUAUUUUCAAUCUUCCAAAAUUACUUAAAAGAUGACACAUUAUAUUAUAAAAAAAGUUAUCAAAAUUUAAUAAUUAUAUAAGUUUUACAAAUGAGAAAUCUAAACAAAGUAAAAAAAGAAUAAAUUUUAUAAUUAUAUGUGCUUUAUGUACUUCAUUAACUCUUUUAUAGUCUCUUUGGAUCCCGCUGACAGCUUUGCAACAAUAGAUACCACUUGCAAGUAUUAUUAAAUAAGAUUGCAAAAAUUGUAAGCUGUAAUAAAUACCUACAAUUAUGAAGUCCACUGUAUUUGAUGAA